CAACCAUGACAGCCGCGCCAGAAUCUUCAGUAAACGUCGCUGAAGCCGACCUCGGCGCUGCAUACAACGCUUUGUGCACCUCUGGAAUCGAUGCGAUUGAUGAAGUGGGCCUCGAGGUCCAUCAUUCGUCCCUUCGCGGGUUGAAGGCUGUGAGCGAGGAUAGGAUCGCCAUUCACUCCUGCGCUUUGGGCGUGCUGAUCGCCAUCUUCGAUGGUCAUUACACGGACGAGUUGUCUGAUUACGCCGCCAAGGUCCUGCCUCAACAGCUCUGUGAACGUAUCUCUCGCAAUGUCUCCUCAACUAACGCUGUCGAUAUAUCUGCGGCAGUCGAGGAGGCUCUCAUCAAAGGCAUAGAAGACUUCGAUGCCUCGUUACUCCACGACUUUUUGAAGCAUUUCCCACAAGGUGCAGACACCAACUGGGACGACCCGCUUUGGGACGACUCGUCGGAGGUCUUCGAGAUCAUCGGAUACACGCGGGAUGAUCCCAUUUUUAUGGCCGGCAGGCGUACGAUAGUUGGCUCCACGGCGCUUGUCUGCUUUGUGGACAAGGAUAAGAAGAAUUUGUGGGUAGCGUCAUUGGGGGACUCGGAGGCAGUGAUUGGUCGCGUCGUCGACGGCCAGGUUCAAUGCGAGAUUCUGAACGACUUUCACAAUUGCGAUAACCCCGCGGAGGUUUCCCGGUUGCAAGCUGAGCACCCCGGCGAGCCAUCUGUUGUCUAUAACAGACGCAAUCUGGGAUAUCUCGCCGUCACCCGUGCACUCGGUGACUUCCCGAUGAAGGUCGGCUUGCGCCUUACCACGAAAAUUCUUACCUACGCGUACCCAUCUUACCUGGGCACCAACAACAUCGAGGAUUGGCAGAACCGCGGCCAUCUUCACCCUCCAUACAUAUCCUCCACGCCAACAGUCGUUCGACGUGCUCUCGCGCCAGGUGAUGUCCUCAUCAUGUCUUCAGAUGGUCUUCGCCUCGCUUUGGAAAAGCUUGAAAGCGAGGAGUCCAAGACGCGCGCCAUGGUCGCGCUCGCUACUGAUAGUGGUUUGGACACUGCAUCGGCCAAGUUGCUCUUUGACAAGCUUGGGCACGAUAUGAUGGCACCGGCGGCGAGCGACAACGUCGCGGAUCGUGUCAUUAGAAACGCUCUCUUUGGAAUGGAUCGGGAAAAGAUGGCGGAUGCUUUGGUCACGACACAUGCGGAUCCAGCCUACUACCGUGACGAUAUAUCGGUGGCGGUCGUUCGAAUCACCUAAUUGGAUUGCCGGGCCUUCAUCGCGCGCAUUGAAUUCUGCUUGAAUUUGUUGUAGCUUGACUUGCCAACGGUAGACAGCGGUCGUGAUGUAUUUGGCUUGGGGUAUACCUUGAGAAAGCCCAUAGCUCAGCGCGCGUUCGGCGUCCAAACGCGAAGUAGAUUUUCUCAAUAUAUAAAGGUAUGCCGGC